ACCGAGGAUGGCUCACGGCGGAUGCCUUGCGGACUCGGGUUUUUCGGCGAGGCGUCUUGCCGUCGCGGCCGUCGCCGCCCCCUCUGUAUAGCUCCAUGGAGUCCGCUGCGGAUCUGGCCAUCCUGGUCUGCGCGCUCCUCAUCCUUGGGCUCUACGUCGUGACUGUGGCGUUCAAGGAUAAUGUUUUUUACCCUCUGGGCCAUAACGCGCGUUAUGCCCCCUCCACUCCCCCCUUCCCCCCCCCCAUAACGUAACGCUCCCUUCUCUCAGUGCGUCUCCAGCACUGCAGAAGUGCGUCUGGCACCACAGGUUUGGUGGGGGGGGUCGUUACGUUAUGCCCCCCCGUCCCCCCACCCCCCUCGCCCCCAUCACGGCCAGUAUCGCCGCGACUUCAAAGAAUGCGCUCAAGCGGGCACGCCUCGGCUGCACCCUUGGUUCGCUGGAUGCUGCCAUCGUGCGGCCGUGGCGGAGGAGCGCGCGGGAUGCAGAUCAGUCGUCGGCGGACGCCUUUGUGGCGAAGCUGAUGGACAAGAAGAGAGGGGAGAUGAUCACAGUGACCUCCUCGGUGUGCCAGUUCGUAUUUUUUCUCUCGAUCCUGUGGGGCGUCGUGAACAUUGUCAGCGGCCGCAGCCGAAUAAGGAACUACCGACAGGACGGUACAAUGCUGAUUGCAUUCGGCACUCAAAUCCUCGCCAACUGCGACCAUAAUUUUGGCUCCGGUCGCGUCAACAGCUCGGUGGUGUACGUGGUGACGAUGCUCAGCUGGACGCUGUUUGUGAUCACCACGAGCGACACCACCCAUCUCGUCCCUACCAAUGCGUUCAUGUACUUUCCGCGCGUGAUCUUCAGCCUCGCGUAUAUGAAAUCCAGAACUGUCUGUCUAGUGUGUGUCCUGCACACUGCUGCGUCAAGCCUGACGUACAGCUACAUGCUGGCACAGACCAGCCACGCGCCGACGGCCUGCGGGGCCUCACAGGACAAGGCGAUCACGAACAUGACCGAGGUCGAGUUCACGCGCACCGACCUGAUGUGCUGCUUCAUCGUGGUGCUCACCACCCUCGGCUGGGAGAUGACGAUGACCAUGCACGCGCGCAAGGAGCUCGAGGUGACCGCGACGCGCGGCGAGACCACCGCAACACGGAGGCUGCUGAACACGAUAUGCGACGCCAUCUUCGAGCUCGACACCGACCUCCGCAUCGUGGACGACGCGCUGCAGCUGGCCGGCGCGCUGCAGCACGGCGCCGACCGGUCGCUGCGGGGCAUGCUUGCCGAGAACCUGCUGGUGGCCGAGGAUCGGGCUCUCUUCAGGGAGCGCGUCACGACGCCCGUCCUCGCCAGCCAGUCCAUGGCGAACGUAAUGCACGUGCGCAUGCGCGACAGCCUAAACAACAUCCUCAAGGUCGAGAUCUUCCACGUCCCCGUCGCCGGCUCGCUGACUGGCGCGUCCCACCUCAUCGGCGUCCGCGAGCACGCGGACUGCGGCGAGUGCCCCGUCAAGUGGCUCCCGGUCCCCGGCCGGCUGGUGAAGGGCCCGCGCGCCGCCCGGGCCGAGUCGCCAUCCGCGCGGCUCGGCACGCCCGCCGUCGCCGCGAGCGAGUCCAUCGGCAGCAGCUCAGACGGCCCACCAGCCCGCCGCGCGGGCAACUCGUCCAGCCAGCAGCUCGGACACCCAGCCGGCCCCGCCCGAGGGCGCCGCUGCGCAGCCACUGUUCGUGAGGUUCGACGCGCUCUCGCUCGUCGUCGCCGAGUCCUCCGGCACGCACUCGGAGCUCUUCCGCCCUGGCACCAGCCUGGCCAGGU